UUUUUGCGCUUUAAUCCUCUUUUAUUUUGAGCCUUUAGCCGCCAUCUUAAGGUCGAUAAAAAGGGCGAGGCGGCGAUCGGUCUCGAUGGCGUGCGUAUCCCCAAAUCUCUCUUCUUCGAGCUCGGCAAUGGCGAUUUCGAAAGUUGACGCGAGUGAGUGAAUGAUUGCGUUCAGUGACUUCCGCGGUAGGUGCGGACGCUGCGCGAAGCUUCCUCAACGGCUUCAUCUUGUCUUCCGCCGGUUUUGCUCUCGUAUGUGAUCUCGGAGUUUUGUGGGGCUGCGGAGGUGGAAAGGCCGGAAUUUUCGUGCUUGUUGGUGAGUUGUUCGGUAGAAACACUGCUAGGAAUAGGAAAAAGUUAGCGUUUUUGGUUUUUUUUUUCCUGAUGGAAAAGUAGGGUUUUAGAGGUAAAGUUGAGAUUGUUAUGGUGCUAGAGAAGAGAUUUAUGAAUCUUGGGCUAGAAAUGUGUUCAAGACGAGCUCUUUCAGUGGUUUUGGCUCUCUGGUUGUCGAUUUCCGCCGCGGGCGUCGGCGCUGAAAGCCUGGCGGAGGACGAGAAAGCGUUGCUCGACUUCCUGAGCGCCGCAUCCCACUCCCGCCUCCUUAAUUGGAGCCCUGCCACCAGGGUGUGCGAUCAGUGGAUCGGCGUCAACUGCAGUACUGACGGUUCCCGAGUCGUCUCCCUCCACCUCCCGGGGUUUGGAUUCAGCGGCCCAAUCCCGCCUAACACCCUCAGCCGCCUCUCCGCCCUCCAGAUCCUGAGCCUCCGGUCGAAUGGCUUUUUUGGCUCGUUCCCACCGGACUUCGCGAACCUUACCGCUCUCACUGGGCUCCAUCUCCAGUUCAACCGCUUCUCUGGUCCUCUACCCUUCGAUUUCUCGCCUUGGAAGAACCUCAACGUGAUCAAUCUCUCCUUCAAUCAUUUCAACGGGAGUAUCCCCUCUUCCAUCUCCAAUUUAACUCUGCUCACCACUCUAAACCUCUCCAACAACUCGUUGUCAGGCCAAAUUCCAGAUCUUGAACUCCCCAGCUUACAGUUCAUUAACGUAUCCAAUAACCACCUUAAUGGCACAAUUCCUAAAUUCCUCCAAAGUUAUCCAAAUUCAUCAUACUCUGGGAAUGAUUUCACACCGAUAGUUCCUCUCACUCCAUCUCCAGAGCCACUUCCGCCUGCUCCUUCGCCAUCCCCAGGCCUCGUAAGCAAGAAGAAAUUGAGUGAAUCUGCAAUUCUUGGCAUUAUAGUCGGUGGAUGUGCUUCACUCUUCGCGGUGCUUGCAUUGUUUCUCUAUCUUUGCUGCUCGAGGGGCGAUGCAGAGAAUUAUGUCUCAGGAAAAGGGUCAAAGGGGGGCCAUUCACCCGAAAAGGCUGUCACUCGAAAAGAAGAUGAGAACAACCGACUAGUGUUCUUUGAAGGUUGUACCUUUGCUUUUGAUCUGGAGGAUCUUCUGAGGGCUUCUGCUGAGGUUUUAGGUAAGGGGACAUUUGGAACUGCUUAUAAAGCUGUGCUGGAGGAUGCAACGACGGUGGUAGUGAAGCGGUUGAAGGAUGUUAGCGUCGGCAAGAGAGAUUUUGAGCAGCUGAUGGAGGUAGUAGGGAGGAUAAAACAUGAGAAUGUGGUGGAGCUGAAAGGAUACUACUAUUCCAAGGAUGAGAAACUCAUGGUGUAUGACUACUAUAGCCAGGGGAGUGUCUCUUCGUUGUUACAUGGGAAGAGAGGACCGGACAGAAUACCCCUUGACUGGGAAACCAGGCUUAGAAUAGCACUUGGUGCUGCGAGAGGAAUAGCAUGCAUUCACAAUGAAAAGAACAGCAAGCUUGUCCAUGGAAACAUAAAGUCUUCUAAUGUUUUCCUCAACAACCAGCAAUACGGUUGUGUUUCUGACAUGGGUUUGCCAUCCAUCAGCAAUCCAAUGGUCCCGCCUGUCUCUCGCACUGCAGGUUACCGCGCGCCCGAGGUGGUGGAUACUAGGAAAGCAUCACAGGCAUCUGAUGUCUACAGCUACGGUGUCCUACUGCUCGAGCUGCUCACAGGCAAAUCUCCCAUUCAAAUAGUAGGAGGCACUGAUGAGGUCGUCCACCUAGUUCGUUGGGUUCAAUCUGUUGUCCGGGAAGAAUGGACUGCAGAAGUUUUCGAUGUGGAGCUGAUGAGGUAUCCGAACAUAGAAGAAGAGAUGGUGGAGACGCUUCAAAUUGCAAUGAGCUGCGUAACGAGAACACCCGAGAGGAGGCCCAAAAUGCUAGAAGUGGUGCAAAUGAUCGAAGGACUGAGAAGGUUUGACAGCGGCAACCAGACUUUGACAGAAGCCCCGACACCAAUACCAGCACAUGAUACACAAGCUACAUCAACCUCACAGUAAGAUUCACUUAAUGCUCAGUUUACUAUCAUUUCUAGUGUUCUGUUCUUCAAUUUAGUGUGGUUAAAUUCUUGUAGCAUCAAUCUGUCCAGAUUCUUUGGCCUUGUCCAUGAUAUUCCUACUCUUUUAGGUUAAAAAUAGUGCAGGAGAUGUUUUCUUAGGUUUUCCAAGGUGUCUAAAUGGUUAUCAGAGUAUAGCCAUUGCAAUUGUUACUGCUAUGAACAUUUUGAAUUUAUCCACUUCAAUGUUUUAUCCA